AAAUAAUUUGUCAGGAAUAGAAUAACAAAAACUCGGGUGGAACAACAACAAGAACGAACGAACGAACGAAUCAUCAAUCAUCGUUUUCAUGUUUCAAUCUCAAUUGAUUGUGUUGCUGUUAUAUUCAUUCUAACUAGUUCAUCAAUUCAAUUCAUCAUCAUCAUCAUCAUCAUCAUCGUUCUCUGAAUCAAAACCCUACCGAGAGAGAGAGAGAGAGAGAGAGCAGUUAUUAUGUACAGAGACCGUGGCGGUGCCGUUGGAUCCAAAUCCGAGGUGGCGCCUCCCGUUGAUCGGAAGCGAAUCAACGACGUCCUCGACAAGCAGCUCGAACGAUCCUCACCCUCCACUUCCCGCCCUAUCAACGCCAAGGACAGGGCCUCUCUCUUGUCCUCCACCGCCCACAGGGACUCUCGCAACCCUGCUCCUCCCCCUAUCUCCAAGAAUUCCAACGCUUCUGAUGCUGCAGAGGAAUCUGAAACAGACAGUGAAGAGUCUGAUGUUAGCGGUUCUGACGGAGAGGACACGUCUUGGAUCUCGUGGUUCUGUAAUUUGAGAGGAAAUGAGUUCUUUUGCGAGGUUGACGAUGAUUACAUCCAAGACGAUUUCAACCUUUGUGGGUUGAGCAGUCAAGUGCCUUACUAUGAUUAUGCACUCGAUUUAAUUUUGGAUGUCGAAUCCUCCCAUGGUGACAUGUUUACGGAGGAACAAAAUGAGUUAAUUGAAUCAGCAGCGGAGAUGCUGUAUGGUCUGAUUCAUGCCCGGUACAUUUUGACAAGCAAAGGAAUGGCUGCCAUGCUGGACAAAUACAAGAACUAUGAUUUUGGAAGAUGCCCAAGAGUUUACUGCUCUGGACAACCUUGUCUUCCAGUUGGCCAGUCAGACAUUCCAAGGUCUAGUACUGUGAAAAUUUAUUGCCCUAGGUGUGAAGACAUUUACUAUCCUCGGUCCAAAUAUCAAGGCAACAUUGAUGGAGCUUAUUUUGGUACUACAUUUCCUCACCUGUUCCUGAUGACUUAUGGACAACUGAAGCCACAGAAACCAUCACAGAGCUACGUUCCGAGAGUUUUUGGCUUUAAGCUUCACAAGCCAUGAGGCGAAACUUCCGAGAAAGUAAGAGUUUGCCCAUGCCUUGUUUAACUCUUUCUCAGCACUCGUCGCAACAACAUGAGCUUUCCAAAUCCGCACAAUACAAAAAUUCUGUUUUAUUUGUUUUAGGAGCGUGUUGUAAAGUACAUUGCAGACAUGUCAUGCAAAUGCUUAGUUUCUAUUUCAGCUUGGAAUUCAACCAGCUUCAACUUCAAUGAGCAAGUGCAUAGGUACUUCAGUGCACUUUGAUUUACUUAUGAUUAAUCUCA